AUGUCGGACGACAUCGUGCAAACGACUGUUGACAACAACAAUGUCAUGGACUUGCUGACGACGCUGGCGACGCCGGCUGCAGACACACAGCUGAACGAAAGUGAUACUACAUUCCCAACGCCGAGUGACAGUGAAGAUGCUGCCAAUAACAGCGCCGUUUUUGGCGCAGAAAGUUUAGUGUACAGUGAAUACUCAAUAUUUGGAACAUUUGUUGUGAUCGAACUUGUUAUGACUACACUAGAAUUAUUUAUAUCAAUCGUCGCAGCUAUCAAGAUGGAGAGGUGGAGGAAAAACUAUAGAAAUCAAAUGUUAAUGCAAUUAACCGUUGCACGAUUUAUCAAGAGAAUUAUAUUUACCUUUAAGUUUUUAGAUUGUCGUGAUAAAUUAACAGAUAGCGAGGCAGUCGCUAAUUUUUUGUAUUGUUUUCAACUUUACAUUGAUCUUGUGAUAGUAGUAUUAGUAUUCUUUUUUAUAAAACACAUGUAUAACAGUUUAAUAAUAGUGUUAGUUAAAAUAAGCCAGAAUAGUUUUUAUAAAGUGAUGUCCUAUUCUUGGCUGAUACCAAUACCAAUAGCCGUGGUGUGUACUGCCAUUAUCUUCACUGAUUUAGUGGAUAAAUGGUACGUCAACUUGUUGAUGUGCAGUGUGUUCAGAUGGCCGCUGAUAUUCGUUGGGACGGGCGUCUACAUCACUAUUGUAUACAGGGUGUUGUCCGACAAAAUAAGACAGUUCGCCAGAAGCCUGGCCGUGGUUACGUUCUUGCUUUGCUUAACAAUAAACGUAUAUUUAUUCUCCAAAGACAUAAUGGAACUGUGGUGUUUGAAAUCGCUAAUGACAUUGUUGAUUGGUUACAUUUCAGGGUUUUUAAUGAAUGUACUGAUACUUGUCUUAUACAUAAUUUUGUUGAUAUUAACUUAUCAGAAUAAGACACAGUCAUCGAGAUCAUUACCUGACUAUAGUUUAGCAGAUGCGAACAUGAAAUGUUAG